AUGACAGGUAAUCAAGCAAUUGCUAAGAUUCUGAAAGCUGAAGGUCUCGACUGGUUCGCCUGCUUCCCGCACCAUUCGCUGAUAGAUGCGGCUGCCAAAGAGGGAUUGAGACCGAUCCUCACGCGCCAAGAGCGGGCGGGUGUGAAUAUGGCUGACGGGUACAGUCGCAUUAUGUCUGGGAAUCGCAUCGGUGUCUUCAUGAUGCAGGACGGUCCGGGCGCGGAGAACGCCUUUGGUGGCGUCGCGCAGGCUUAUGCCGAUUCGGUGCCGAUACUGCUCCUGCCCGGGGGACCGCGCCUCGGGAAUGUGGGAAUGCACCCGGGCUUCGUUGCGCACCGGAACUACGGUGGGGUUACCAAGUGGACAGAAUACAUCAGUCAGGCGGACCGCAUCCCCCAGCUGAUGCGGAUGGCAUUCACUCGGCUAAAACAUGGGAGGCCGGGACCGGUGCUCUUGGAGAUUCCUACAGAUGUUGCAGAGCAGGAGCUUUCGGACAACGCCUUUGACUACACGCCGGUGCAGGUACGCAAAUCGGCGGCGGAUCCCGAUGAUGUCCGUGAUCUGGUGACCGCGCUGCUCAAAGCGUCAUGCCCUGUUAUCAGUGCGGGUAGAGGCAUACUAUACGCGGAAGCGACACAAGAGUUGGUAACGUUGUCGGAGUUGACGAACAUUCCGGUCAUGACGACGCUACAGGGCAAGAGUGGCUUCCCUGAGAACCACCCUCUGGCGUUGGGCACGGCAGGGGGUUCCGGUACUCGGAUGGCGGGGCAUUUCCUGAAGCAGACGGACUUUGUCCUCGGUAUUGCAACUACCCUCAGUGGCGGUUAUAGCCCCCGAAUGCCUGCUGGUGUCACCCUCGCCCAGAUUACCAACUCGACCGAUGAUCUUAACGUACAUUAUCGGUUGGCUUAUGGUGCUGUCGGAGAUGCCAAGUUGGUGCUGCAACAGAUGAUUGAAGAGUUGGGCUAUGGACUGGGGUUGGCACUGGGAGCGAAGGUGGCCGCGCCUGAGAAGUUGGUUAUCAAUGUGAUGGGAGAUGCCGCUUUCGGUAUGGCUGGCUUGGACAUUGAGACGGCGGUACGAUCUGAGAUCCCGAUAUUGACUGUAGUUUUGAACAACGGUAUAAUGACUCACUACAACCAGAAUAUGCCGUAUGCUUCGGAGCACUGGGACAGCGACAAGUUGUCCGGGGAUUAUGCCAAGGUCGCCGAGAGUUUGGGUGCCUUUGCCGAAACGGUUGUGACACCGGACCAACUGCCCGGUGCGAUUGCACGUGCCAUAGCCGCUACGAAGGAGGGACGCCCUGCCCUGCUGCAGACGAUGACCUGUGGGGAGGAGACGGUCUCUCAGUAUCAGGUUUCUUAG